UUUAGGCAGACUUUUAUAAUAAAAAAAAAUCCUUAAAUUUCGAGUCGGUCCACAAGUCACACGGGUCAAUUUGGGCUCGACCCGACACCCCAAGUUGGGACUUGACCCAUUCAUCGAGCCUCCAGUCGGGCCGACUUGAACUUUUUACUGGCCGAACCAUGGGCAACAAGCACACGAGCCAUUUUGCGAUCACUAGUAUCGAUCAAGUAAAAUUCUAGACUCUCCCAACUUUGCUAGCACAACUUAUUAUUUUGGCGAGUUAAAUCAAGCACAUCAUCCAAUGCUCCAACCUCAGUCACUUGAAGCCCCGACGGCAAUGGCCACCACCGUUCUUGAGCACUGUGAAGUUACCCCGCCACCCGAUGCAGCAAUUGAGUUUUCACUCCCUCUUGUAUUUUUCGAUUUGAUAUGGUGGGAUUUUCCUCCUAAUCAGAGUGUUCUCUUCUUUGAUUUUCCCAUUUCCAAGUCCCGUUUCUUGGACACCAUUGUUCCCAACCUCAAACAAUCUCUCUCCCUCGCUUUAAAGCAUUUUCUCCCACUAGCUGGCAAAAUUAUCCACCCUUUAAUCUCCGGCAUGCCCAUUUCUCUUUACACAAUUGGGGAUUCUGUUUCUUUAACAAUUUCUGAAUCCGGUGCUGAUUUCAAUAACCUUACCGGAAAUCAUCAAAGGGAUUCUCGUGAAUUCUAUUCUUAUGUCCCUCAAUUGCCACCGGCAACCAGUUCUUCCGACUCUAUUCGAGUUCCGGCCUUGGCUUUGCAAGUAACUGUAUUUCCAGAACAUGGCGUAUGUUUUGGAUUCACCAACCAUCACGUUAUUGGGGAUGCAAGUACAGUCGUAUCUUUUAUACAGUCAUGGGCUUCAAUCAACAGAUUCAAUGGAGAUAGUAAAUAUUGUUCGCUGCCAUCAUUUGACAGAACAAACGUUCAAGAUCUCAACGGACUGGAUUCAACAUAUUGGGACCUAAUAUUGAAGGAUUGCGACUCUUUGGAGCCUCCGCUCAUAAACCCACCAACCAAUAAAUUCCGGGCAACAUUUGUUCUCAGGGAAGAAGAUGUCCAAAAGCUGAAAAAACUAGUAUUGUCCGAGCGGAAAUCAGCAACCCAUGUAUCCUCUUUCACGGUUGCUUGUGCCCUAGUCUGGAUUUGUUUAGCAAAAUCUGCCACUGAGUCCGGGGAAAUGGUGCCGGAUGAUGAGGUGGAGCAUUUCAAUUUUGUGGCAGAUUGUAGGUCGCGAUUGAAUCCCCCAUUGCCAGCUACAUACUUCGGCAAUUGCGUAGUACCUGUGCUCCAGGCGAAAUCGAGUCAUGGAAAAUUGAAGGGAAAUGAUGGGUUUUUUAUUGCAGCAGAAUCAAUUGGACUGGCCAUUGCCCAAACCGUGUUUAAUGAGAAGGGAAUAUUGCAUGAUGUGCAGAAUUUGACUGCCCAGUUCCAAGAAUUGAUCGGAAAGCGGCAAUUUUCGGUGGCGGGAUCACCAAGAUUUGAUUUCUACGGUGUAGAUUAUGGAUGGGGACGGCCAAAGAAAUUCGAAGCUCUUUUUAUAGACGGCGAUGGAGCCAUAUCCUUUUGCAAAUCCAGGGAGCCUGAGGGAGGCUUAGAGAUUGGUUUGUCCAGACCAAAGAUUAGCAUCGAUUCUUUUGCAACGACAUUCACCGAGGUUCUUGGAAAUUUAAUACCUUAAAUUUACAGCUUCAAGAUUCCAACUAUUUUCAUUGGUAAUAUUAGGAUCUGAAUUUGUAAAUUCUCCACGAGCAAACUCUGAGCAUUUGUGGGGAAUCACAAAAUUUCUCAUUCAGACUACAAUAAACCAUGCAAGUUGUUGAAUACGUUUCUUCCUAUAAUGUCAAUUGGAGGCUAAUUCUAUGAAA